GAGAGAGAGGACCUUAGCGGCCAGCUUCCGUCACACUCGCAGAGUCGCAGCGCUAUAUAAGCGUAUCCUUGCAGCGGUAUAGCCGCAACCAUCGAACAGCUUCCCCCACGGCUCAUUUUCACAAGCGGAUCAAGGCGUAGAUUUGAUCUUGGUUUAGUACCAAGUCGCGACCUGCACGUAGGUGUUGCGUCCCUCGCCGUCACCUGGUGGUGGGGAGAGAAGAAGAUCGGCGAUGAGCUCGGCGUGCGCGAGGCCCGUCGGCGUGGGGUACCUGGGCGGCGGCGGCGGGGCCGCGAGCUGGUGCCAGCAGCACCAGCGGCCGCGGCGGGCGUGGGCGAGUGUGAGGGCGAGGGCGUCGGCCGCGGCCGUGGCGCCGCCGACGGAGAGGGCGGUGACGAUGUACGAGGUGCUGGCGGUGGAGGAGACGGCCGGGCCGGAGGAGAUCAAGGCGGCGUACAGGCGCGCCGCACGGCGGUGGCACCCGGACGCGUGCCCCGGGGGCGCCGAUCGCUUCAUGCUGGCGCGCGAGGCGUACGAGGUGCUCUCCGACCCGGAGCGGAGGCGCGGCUACGACAUCCAGCUCCGCUGCGGCGCCGGCGCCGGGCCCCAGGCGGCGCGGCGGGCCGGGUUCGCCGACUGGGAGGCGCAGCUGGCCGGGCUCCAGUGGCGGGCCGCGUCGCGGGAGACGUGGGGGAGCAGGAUGCGCCACGCCGCCGCGCGUGCGCAGCCAUCUCCCUUGUAGCCGAAUCGCACGCGGUGCCUUUUUUUGAUUGGGAGGGGUCCCUUUCCUUUUUUUCUUCUUCUUAAUUUUCUCACUGUUAUUUGAAAUGUGUUCGAUACUAGGAUCACCAGCAGAGUAGCAAUACGGCAGUAUAGAACUAUAGAACAGUAUACAUAUUUCCAUUUUGGAUUUCGAUAUGGUCACCUUUUCAUUUUGGAUUUCCAUAUGGUCGCCUUUUAAAGAGGAAAUCAGGAAAAAGAUAAUUGACCACUUUUCACGCAUUCUAAAGAAGUAAACAAUAUACAAGCUGUGAAGCCUUAGGAAA